AUGGCUGAUUGGCACUGCAUAGUCAGUGGCCUCAAGAGCCAGGAACCUGGAUGGGAGGACUAUGCUGUCUCAGACCCUGGAAACCAGGUUUGUUUGGGGGGAAGGUCAAUACCUGCUCCUCCCUUUCAUUCCUUUCUUUAUAGGCCUGUCUCAAACAAUUCUGCUACCGGCCUGUGUGCUGUUGUCCGUUUCCUUAACUUACUGAUUUUUUAUUAAUGUUCUCAGGAGAAUAGGGUAUGAUUUGGCAAAUUGCCUCUUAAGACAUUCUUUGACACUUCCAUAUUCUCUUUCUCUCAAUUGAUAUGUAAGCAAUAUGUCACUUCCACAAAGCCAGAGAUACAUUCUGGAUAG